AUGGCUGCGUUUCUCUGCACCGUCGUUUGCGCCGUGGCCACAUCGCUGGCCGCGGCGCUGGCGUCAGUUCUCGCGUGGCUGUGGGUCAGCCGGCUGCGCACCUCGGCCCCUGGUCCCCCGACCGUGCCACUGCUGGGCAACACGAGGCUCCCCUUCAGGCUCCCCGCACUCGUGCACAGCCUCAGAGACAUUCACCAGCGCUACGGAGACAUCUUCAGGUACUACGUGGGUCCCAAGCUGUUCAUUGUGAUAUCGCGACCAGAAGACGUGCGGAAGGUCCUGGCGUCGACCAAGACGCGCGAGCGGGACCCUGUCUUCAUGCACAUCCUCCGGACUCUUAUGAGUGACGGACUCAUUACCAGCACGGGCGAUACCUGGAAGAGGCACCGCAAGGCCAUCGAACCAGCUUUCCAUGCUGAGGUACUCGCGAAGUUCACUGGAACAUUCAACGAGAGCGGGCGCUAUCUGUGCGAGAAGCUGGCGGAGUCUGCUGGGGCGACGAUGGACGUUUACCCCAUGCUGAUGGAAUGUGCGCUGCGCACCAUGGUGAAGGUCAUCUUUGGUGUCGAGCUGGAUCGUCUGGAGCCAGACCGAAGCAAGCAUUCCCGUAUAGCGGCCAUCAGGAAAAUGUCGGCAAUAAUUGUCCGGCCCUGGAAGGCAAUUAAUGGCAUCAUGUGGCUGAGUGCAGAAGGUCGGGCAGUGAAGAGGAAUAUUGCGGAGUUCAGAAGCCUAGUGAAGCGCGGCCUCGCCAUUGCAAGAGAAGACAUGAAGGCUGACGGUUCAACUCCUUUGGUCCACUUUCUUUCGGAGCAGAAGCAAGGGCAGCACUUGACUGAAGAAGAAAUAUACAAUGAAAUACGCACCCUCAUUGUGGCCGGCGUGGAGACGACGGCAGCCUCCAUAGGCUUCACACUGGCGCUGCUCGGGCUGCACCCAGAGUGGCAGGACGCGGCGCAGAGGCAGCUGGACGACGUGUUCGGCUCUGGAGGCGACUACCUCAGGCCAGCCACUGCGGCCGAUCUCUCCCGGCUCACGGUCAUAGACGCUAUUGUAAAGGAGUCGCUGCGGCUGUUUCCGACAGCCCCCAACAUUGCGCACCUGGUGACCGAGGACACGCCGCUGUGCGAUGGUCGUUACUUGGCGCCGAGGGGCUGCUGCGUGCUUGUGUCGUUCCUGCUGAUGCACCGCCGACCAGACCUGUUCCCUGAGCCCGACCUGUUCGACCCCGGCCGCUUCCUGCCCGGAGGCAGCGCGACCAGCAGGCAGCCGGGCAGCUACCUGCCGUUUGGCACAGGACCUCGCAAGUGCGUGGGCGCGCGCUUCGCCGACCUGGAGAUGCGGGUUGCGCUGGCUGCAGUGCUGCGCAGGUUCCGCAUCCGACCCGGCUCCACCAGGCAGCAGCUGGAGCAGAUUCCUUACUCCAUCACAGCACACCCACUCACCGGCUAUCGUGUUUCUUUUGUUCCACGGGAUAAUGUACCAGUAGCUUCCUAGCUUGCCGUCUAAAACUGAACGUAUGAACAGGAUGAGUAUGAAGAACCCUUGCAUUUCCUGAACUGUUCAAAAUACCGAAACGAGGUUUCGCCAAAUUAGAGUACGAAGAGGGAUUGUAAUGCUAUAUAGUCGUGUAUGUUCCCUAACCGUUUACAAAAAAUGGUUCAAAUGGCUCUGAGCACUAUGGGACUUAACUGAUGCGGUCAUCAGUCCCCUAGAACUUAGAACUACUUAAACCUAACUAACCUAAGGACACCACACACAUUCCUGCCCGAGGCAGGAUUCGAAUCUGCGACCGUAGCCGUCGCGCGGUUCCAGACUGAAGCGCCUAUAACCGUUUACAAAUGCACGAGUUCAGCAUUUCCUGUCCUCACUUGGGCGGUAUGUGGACCGUGUGCCUCAAUCUCAUGUGGACCUACAGAUAGUCUAGAGGGUGAUAACAUCAUUCAGAGAUCGGUAAAAUCAUUUGUUAUUGGUUUUUCCGACUUAAGCUUACUGCAAUUUGAUCAAAGAGAAUUUUACUCCAGACGCCUUUUACUCUUAUUUAUAAAACAUCUUCUGUGUUCAUUCUGCAAAUUGUAUACAUAUGUUUGUACAUUUUUAGUUGCUUUACAUUAAAAACAGCGUUUUGUUUAUAAAGUUACAGUGGAAAUUACUUACAGUGUUCCAGCCUCUUCUUUACACAUUCUUCAAACCACUGCUUACUCCCUUUCAUUAGCAGCAGUUGAUAUCGAAAGACUACGUUUCACAUGCACACUCGGCAAUUUUUUCCCUUUGCACUUUUUCUUGUGCUGAGUGAGAACACACAUAACUUCAGUUUGAUCUGCAAAAGCGAGGUGAAGUGUAAAUAACACAAAUACAGAAUGUGUAAAUAACAGGCUGCAACACUGUAAGUAAUUUGCGCUCCAACCUUAUAGACAAAACCCUGUUUUUAAUCUAAAACAACGAAAAAUAUACAAACUUAUAUAUCCAAUUUUCAGAAUAAGCACAGAACAUGUUUUAUAAAUACAAGCGAAACGCGUCUGGUCUAAAAUUCUCUUCAGUUAAAUUUCAGUAAGCUUAAGGCGGAAAAACCAAUAACAACUGAUUUUAACAGCUGCUGCGGAAAAUGGCCACUCAAACAAAUACAUUAGUGUUCGUGAAUGUCACUCACUUUUGCGUCGAGUCAGAUUACAGCAACGUGCAACUCCUCUUCUGCACAGCACCUGCGAUUUGACUACACUCCAUAGGUGCACAGCAUGCUACAUAACAUUCUUCAUUUUACGAACACACUUGCACAUAUUUUUAAAGUGCUUUAUGCAAAGUACUCACCUACACUUCACACAGUUGCAUGCACAUUGAUUUACUAGUGGUCACAGCAGACUAUUGACUGACCAUUACUGUAGGUAUAAGCCCGGAAUAUUCUGUGAUAUGUAUGAAAGGUUCUAUUUUUUGUUACGAAAAUCUUAAUGUCUAAUUCAGACCCGACCCAGUUGGACACACUUUCUCUGUGUGAUCAUAUUACGAACAUAUUUCACAUUGUCGAUCUGGCAGUAUCACAUUGGUGCAUGUAUAUAUCUCUCACAUUCUAUUUAUCAGACAUUAUAAAAGAGCACUUUUGUGAAAUAAGUCAGAUGCUUUACAGUGUUGGAAACCACAUUAAAAUACUUAACAGUAACGUCACCGUGCCUGUAUGCUACAGCUGUUUGCUUGCAACACAUAUGCGCUCACUAUCUCUUACCUUCAUCGCUAGAGCAUAGUCAGCGAAAAAGCAAGAAAUGCGGCGUAGAUGCCCCACUACACUCAUCAAUGCAAGCGCAUAACUAUAAAUAUUCAAGGACAAUGCUACAUCUGAACAACUGUGUGCUUAGUUUCAUAGUUACUGUAUGAACUGAAAUAUUGAAGUAACUAGUGUUUUAAAAUCAAACAAUACACUUUCUUAGUGCUUUUCAAAAGCUUUUUGUAAGAUGAAUAAUUACAACCAUAGUAAAAACAAUAAUUGUUCUUUUUUAUUUUAACAACAGAGAUUGCAUUGUAGGAGUUGCCCAGGUUACGUCCAGCUUCCUCAGGAGUAUCUCUGGUAACUCAGAGUUUUACAGUACUUCACACAAUAUUUUACGCUAUUUCUGAACAAUAAUUUUUAUUUGACUGUGUUUAGUAAAUCCUAGGAAACAGAUGAGUGCUCUUCAGAUUACGUAGUGUUGAUAGCAGAGCACAAAGUAUAAUGAUAUGAUCAGGUUUCAUAUUCCAAAUUCCACUGAACUCGAAAGUCAGAUCCUCGUAUUUCAGUUUAUUCUGAGCCACCUAAACGUUAUAGAUUCAGUCACCUAGACUAAGAUGUUGAUUGACAGGCAUGACCUUUUAUCUGGCUAACAUGCUAUGUCAGGCUUGUUAGUCCGCAGCUCGCGGUCGUGCGGUAGCGUUCUCGCUUCCCACGCACGGGUUCCCGGGUUCGAUUCCCGGCGGGGUCAGGGAUUUUCUCUGCCUCGUGAUGACUGGGUGUUGUGUGCUGUCCUUAGGUUAGUUAGGUUUAAGUAGUUCUAAGUUCUAGGGGACUGAUGACCAUAGAUGUUAAGUCCCAUAGUGCUCAGAGCCAUUCAUUUGUCAGGCUUGUUAGUCACAACCAUUCGGUCCAUAUGUACUUGUUGCUUGCACAGGGCAGAAUUCCAUCGUCUGGUCAACACCACUUUAUGUUUGUGGUCAUAACAUUUGUCAGAAAGCUGUAGUACUCUUAGAGCUCUGCAUGUUCACCAAUGACAGUAUGACCACAUCUCAUUGUUCUUCUUGAAAUCAUUCUCCGCCAAGAUGGAGAAGCCUGGUAAGCCGCUUUUGUGAAGUAAACAUUUCUCAUCUUGCAGCACAUGAUGAUGGUGCCUUGCACAACAGCCUCGCUUGGUGGUGUUUACAAUGCUGUAGAGGAUUCUGAGCACUUUGCCUCUCAAUUUAGCACAUUUGUCAGAUUAUUUUCUGAAGAAUUUCAUUGUCUUGAUAUCACAGUACUUGUCUUUUCAAAAUGUUUCGAAAAUUGUUAAAAUAAAACAUAUCAUUCCUUUAAAAAUACCUCUUAUUUGCAUCAAUGCCUUGGUUGACACUUGAGUUACGAGUAUCCACCAUAAACUAUUAUGGCAUACCCUAUGCACAUUAUCUUUUGAUAAUUUAUUUGUAAUUCUUGAGCCAUCCGGAGUGGCCGUGCGGUUCUAGGCGCUACAGUCUGGAACCGAGCGACCGCUACGGUCGCAGGUUCGAAUCCUGCCUCGGGCAUGGAUGUGUGUGAUGUCCUUAGGUUAGUUAGGUUUAAUUAGUUCUAAGUUCUAGGCGACUGAUGACCUCAGAAGUUAAGUCGCAUAGUGCUCAGAACCAUUUGAACCAUUUUUUGUAAUUCUUGAACAACAUUUC